AUGUGGGGAGGGUUUGAGCUUGCUUCUAUCAAAGACCAAGAGAUCAAGGAUCUCCCAAUCAAGUUUCGAGCUCUAGACGGGCUUUUUCAGGCUUUAGUGUCAACUGCUAUUAGGAGCAUACUUAUUCCAAGUAGCAAAACAGUUGCAGUCUGCAAGCAACCCGAUAUGCAUUCUUGCAUAGAAGUUAACAGCUGCGACUCCUCAUAUUCAUUUCGCGGCUCAAAGAGCCCAAUACUUGUCCGCGGAUACUUCAUCUACAACCAAAUUCGCUCUCAGUUCAACCACGAUAUAUGGUGGCUUUCACUUGCCGUCCUUGUCAUCACAAUCGUCGAGUCCACUCACUAUAAUUCGCAUCCUGUGGAAUUCUCCACUUUCAAUAUUAUUUUCGAGAUUGUGUCCGCAUAUAGCUGUGUGGGCAUGAGUAUUGGGUUUCCUGGCAGAAACUAUUCAUUUUGUGGCGAGUGGCACUCUAUUAGCAAAAUUUUGCUUAUUGCAGUCUCGUUACGAGGACGACAUCGCAGUCUGCCCAUAUUUACCGACAAACUAACAUGUUCGCGUGAGUCCUAG